GGAAGAAGAGAGUGUGCAUACAUUUAGAUGUCGAGCAUCAUUUGUUUUCUGUUAUUUUGCAAGUGCUAACAUUUGUGGCUUGCCUCAAUACAGUCUGUUUCGUGCAACAAGAGACCUGGGGUCGAUUGGUGGGGGGUAUGAUUAUGACACGUGUGGAAGUGUUGUAGUGUAGAAAGGGUUUUACAACCCUUUGUACCUCGUGGUAGCCAUCUGCUUGUUCUUAGCCUUUUUAUUUUUUUUUCCACCAUUGAGGAGAUUUAUGGCAUGCUAUUUGUGUAAAUCUGGCUGUCUGCUACACAACAAGUAGUAAAUCAUGCUGUUUGUGUUAAGGGUCUUGUCACAUUGCAGUGAUGGUCCCACCAACCACUACAUGCUAAGAUGAACAAUAAGAAGGUCAAAUAGUAGUAAGAUCCUCAUUCCAUGUGCUGUUUUAUACAUUUUUGUAUACCCAUCAAUUGUUUGGAACUAUCAACAGGCAGUUCUGUAUGACGAGAAAGGCAGCCGACUUGAUGCCCUGCAUUUGCAUGCCUCAGAUGUACGACCAGAUACUACAUACAGGUGGAAGAAGAGUGUGCACCAUUGGCAUCACAAUCUCUUCCAGCCAUCUCCAGAGAUGGUUCUUCUGACUCCUCUCAUAGUUUAAAUGCAGCGUCACAACAAGAGAAAGAUAAAAAUGCUCAGAGCAACAUGUGCGGAGGAGGUGCCAGCAGAAGAAUUGUGGCCGGACUGAAGAGGAAGAGAAAUGGUUUCAAUCCACCAAGGCUUGUUAAACCUCGCCACCCAGAAGAGCCUGCCACAGGAAGUGUUGAGUCUUAUUCACCACACCACGAACAAACCCUCCUUUCUCCCAGGGUUCAGAAACUUUCAAGCUGGAAUGCUGCUGCUCAGCAGUCAAGUAGUUUUGAAUUUCUUAUGAACAGGUCUAAUAUGAUCCAUUUACCUGAGCAGCAUGCAAGAAGCUUGACAGUCUCCACUGUUCCGAAGAUUUUUGCCAGUGAAGGUUCACCAGGGAUGGAAAGAAUGGGGGAUGCUGAAAAGGAGGCUUCAUGUCUUAUGUCACCUCAUGUGAGCAAUUCAAAUCUCACUACCCUGAAAAAAAACAGUCCUUGGAGGGUUUUUGGCUCUCUAGUCAGUGGGUCUAUCGGCAGUUCUCUAUCCCAGAAAAAAGAGGACUUGCCUCUGGAAAAGCAGGAGGACGUCUCUAGCAGACAAUUACAAACUGAGCCUCAGGUAUCUGCAAAUUUGUCUCAGUUUUGUUCAGAAGUGGGUAUCAAAGACAAUGUCUAUAUGCCUUCUGCCCUAUCCAUAUCAGAUAUUGGUAUCAAAUCUUUUUCAAAGAAAUGUGAUCAAAGAGACCAAGCAGAAGUCCGAGAAAGAUUUCUGGCUUGGGAUGCAGAGCAGUUAAAAGCAGAUGGACCAGCAUUGAAACGAUCUACAGCAGAAAUUAUGGCACUGGUGCAAGGAUAUGGAGGAAGUAGCCCCAAGAAAGCAGGGCCUAAUGUCUGGGAAAGCUGUUCCAGCAACAGAAACAAGGCAGAGCUUUUCUCUAAGAAUGAGUUGCACUUCAAAGAGGUAGAAUUUUUGCCUUCAGGCACACAAACAAAGCAGUUCUCCAGCUUACCAGCAUCUGCUUUUUCAGAACACUCCUCCUCAAGAGAAUCCUCAGUUUUCAGAUUGUUCCAGACACCAGCAGUUACUGUUGCUUCCCCUUUUUCACAGAAUCAUGGUGAUGUAGGCUGUGUGAAUGCUGAGUCUCAUCUUUGUAAAAAAAUAAGUAGUCCAGGAGACUCAUUCCUGGACCAUACAAUGUUGCAAAAAGUGUCUAACAAUAUGCUUUCAGAGCGAAAUAGCAGGAGUUCGUCUUCUAGAAAUAGUUUGUGCUUCGGAGAUCUGUCUCCUGUAAAUUGCCUUGUCUCAUCAAUGUCAGGCCAGGUCUCUGAACAUAGUGGAAACCUUACCAUCUGUGAUAAAAGGCUGGAAAGCCAGUCUAAAGAUAUUGAGAACAUUAUUCAGUAUCAAGCAGUGUUAGAAAACACAGUUGAGCAUGGUGAGAACUUUAUUCUGAAUAAUGAUAUGCUGGAAAACAUGGCAAAACAUGAUGAGAACUCUACUCAGAUCAGUGGUGUGUCAGAAAACACAAGUAAACAUGAUGAGAAUUUAAAACAGAAAGAUGAAGUUUUCAAAAACAAUAUGAAGGAAGCACCUUACUCCCAGGAUGUUGCUUUGAGUCUUCCAGCUGUUUCAGUUUCUUCUGUGGACCCACCUUUCAGUGAGCCAUGCAGCAUCUUUAAAGUGGGCACUAGAAUUAAGCAUGAAAAAGACAAUGUGGCUGAUCUCUUGCCACAAGGAAUGAGGCAGCUAGAAGCAAGUUCACAGGAAUGGCAUGGCCAUCAUUCCAAGCUGCUCGAACAUCAAGGUGAUGAUAGCAAACAAGUUUGUAAACUUCUUGGAACUACCAGUGUUGUAGAUAGGGAUAAAAGAAAUCAAAGUCUUAGUAAUAGUCAAAACAAACAUAGCAUUGAUAGCAGCCAAAUCAAACAUUUUUGUGCGUCUGAGAAAACAGAUGCAACAAGCAAGGAAGAUGAUACUGAACUCCAGAGUGGAUGCUUUGACCUCAGCUUCUCUCCACUUUCACAGGAACUUAGCAAUGAUAGCAUGAAUGAUGCUGAGCCUGCACCCAUUCCGCCUGUGCUAGACAAAGUUGAGGAUCAUGCGGUCAACUUGAAAAAACUCCAAGUCAUGGGGUUUGGGAUAAUGGUAAUAAAAAUGCUCAGUUUGAAACUCAGUGUGAAAUCCAUGAAGAUGGAAGCACAGAUUCUGUUUUGCAAAGGAAAAAACAUAUUGGCUUAAAUGUGGUGUGUGGCAACAGAGAUCAGGAAGACAAGUUG